CUUUCAGUCUUCAUCUUCUGCUAUCCAAGAGGCAGAGAAACAGUUUGCAUACAGUCUACACGACAAUGAUGCAAGCAGAUAUAUUUGCCAGUCAGAGCUCAGUGUAAUAAGCCUAACGCUCAUCCCUCUGAGCUCAUGUCUGAAUAACAUAUAGCCAUAGUGUGUAAACAUAUUCCAUUUCAUUCAUAUUCAAAUAUGUAUACAAUUCAUUUAUCCAUUAAAUACGUGAACAUUUUCAAGUUUUAUGAUGCUCCCGGACAUGGCGAGAAUGACUUUUUACUCUUUCUAAUGUGCAACAAAAGAAAAAGCCACCUGUAAAUUGGGGAGAGACGUUCUUUCAAUUCUCUAAACCGGGUAGUUAACAGAUAGUAAACAGUAAAAGAGAUAUUUGAAUAGCCUUUGUCUGGGCCCAGGUGAUUCAAACCCAGCAGACAAUUAUAUGGAAUGAAAAAUAAAAGCCAAAUUUUACUAGCAGUCCAAGCUGUGCGUGCUCCUGUUAGGCAGGCCGUGCCCUCCAUGCCUCCAGAGCCAGUGGGCCAUUUGCAUGGAAGGACCAGUUGAAUGAAGAGACCAGAUUCUCACUACCUGGCAUGCAAAAUCAUCAGGGCAGCAGUUAACACACACACACACACACACACACACACACACACACACACACACACACACACACACACACACACACACACACACACACACACACACACACACACAGGUGUGUCAGCUGCCAUAGCCUCUCUCCAGAGGUAUGGAAAUAAGCACUGAGAUUUGCGCUUUCUAACCGCUGAAUAGGGUGGGGGGGGAUGGUUAGAAGACACACACGCAGGAGGAUCACAGUGAAAACGGGAGCACAGAUCAGCUGUCAUCACAGUGUCUGUGUAGAGGUGAGGUUGUGAGGUUUAAGGUGAUGUGUUGGAGUAAAUGCAGUUCCAGUUAGAGUUUGAGCUGAGUUAAAGUUUAAAUAGAGAUUUUAAGUAUAGUAACAUAAGCCGUUAGGUUGAACCAAAGGAGGCUCAAGGAAAAAUCAAGGAUGCCACGUUCAUUUUUGGUGAGGAGGAAGCGGGAUGUAUGUGGUGAAUGGACAUGGGGAGAUGCUGAAAACUCAUCCUGGAUCAAUAACAUCAGUGAAGCAGUAACAGUAAAGGCACCUGGCAUUGUCAGUCUGCAGUCAGUGCCAGAAUUAGACAGUGUUCUUUCUGGGCCAAUAAACUCAUCCAGCAGCACUGACCUAGAGUCAGCAUACGCGUCCAGCGGUAAUGAAUCAGAAACAGCGAGUCCUGAACACUGCCACUCUCAGCAGCCUCCUCAGAGUCUCUUUCAGGCAGCUUCUCCUUCUGACCCAGCCUCAGCCACCAGAGCCAAGGUUCCUACUCCUAGCUCUGGAGACUUCCAGUGUCCUGUGUGCCAUAAAGUUUUCCCACUCCAGCGCAUGUUAACGCGACACCUGAAGUGCCACAGCCUUAUUAAGAGGCACCCGUGCAGGUACUGUGGCAAAGGCUUCAACGACACCUUUGACCUGAAGAGGCACAUGCGCACACAUACAGGUAUCAGGCCGUACAGGUGUGAGCUGUGCGAGAAGGCCUUCACUCAGCGCUGCUCACUGGAGUCUCAUCUGCGCAAGAUCCAUGGCGUGAGGCAGCAGUACGCAUACCGGCAGCGCCGCUCCAAGAUCUUUGUGUGUGAAGACUGCGGUUUCACUUCCAGUCGGCCAGACGAGUACUUCAUGCACGUGCGUCAGAGGCAUCCGGAUAGUCCUGCACUGCGCAGAUACUACCGCAAACACAUGCAGGAGACGCACACCCAGCCCCGCAUCUCGCCCUUCAUGCUGUACCCUACCACAGCAUUUUACAUGUGAAACCCAACACAGUUUCUCUGAGCCUCUGCUGAAGCUGUAUACAUGAUCACACAAGUUUGUAACCUCAUGUACAGUAGGCCCAAGAGCACAAUGUUAUUCAAAUACACAGCUUGGCCAAAGAUUUUUGAACUCCUGACCAGAAUACACAAAUGUGCAUUUUUAAGCAAGAUUUAAUUCUCCUUGCCAUUACAAUAACCUCCACUAUUCUAGGGAGGCUAUCUCCAAGAAUUUGAGGUGUACAGUACCCGUGGGGUUUUGUGCUCAUUCAGCCACUAGAGCAUUAGUGAGGGCCAAUACUGAUAUUGGGGAGGAGGUCUGGGCCACAUUCAGGAUUCCAGUUCAUACAAAAGGUGUUCAGUGGGUUUGAGGUCAGGGUUCUGUGCAAGAUAUUCAAGUUCCUUCAGCAGCGACUUUGGCAAACCAUUUCUUUACGGAGUUUGCUUUAAGCACAGGGGCAUUGUUAAGAUGGAACAGGUUUGGGCCUCUUAGUUUCAGUGAAGGGAAAUUGCAAUUCUACAGCUUCUAAACACAUCAUAUACAAUUGUGUGCUUCUAACUUUAGUUUCCAUUAGAACCACGUAUUGGUGUGACAGUCAGGUGUUGCAAACUAUUGGGCAUAUAGUAUAUGCAAAGGUGGACAGUGUAUAGAAUAUAUGAUUCGGGUAAUGUCUGUGUUUUAUAUCAGAUCUUACAACUGUUUUCCAUCUUUAAAACUUUUAAUACUCAUACUUUUAAGAUGUAUGUUCAUGUUCAUGCCUGUAUGUUAUGGCUGUACAGUUAAUAUAAUCUUUACCUUGGUUAAUAUUUUUAUAUGUGCUAAUAAUGUUUGUAUUUUAAUAAA